AUGUCUGGUCAAGGAGACCUCGAACGAGCAGACCCCGGAUCCAGUAUGGAUGUUCAACGUGAUGAACAAGUUCGCGGCAAGACUGAAAAGGAUGCAAAAAAACCAACCACGGGAGAUCACUCGUCGCUUGUUGCAGCCUGGAUGCAACGACUCCAGACGCUCACUGUCAUAACGACAUUUCUCACUACGAUCGAUGGUCAACUCUUCACCCUUAGCUCCGCCUCUACAACGUCGGGGGUGAAACUUAUCACAAGCACGCAAUCCCAGGAAUUCGUGUAUGCUUGUUUUGCUGGUGCUCUCGUCUUCCAUGUCUGUUCUUCAAUUCUGGGAUAUGUGGCGUGUUUUGCUCUCAUUCGAUACGAGAUCGUUGAUGCAGAUCCCUCUUCCGUUAUGAAACACCACGACCAUGGCGAACGCUACGAAAGCAUUGACGGAAAGCAGCUCUUGAUCAGAGCCGUCCCUCCUUUGUAUGCUAUACAUUACCUUCUUCAAACACCCUCGAACCUCCGGCUUCACUCGAGGACGAUCACUCCCCCACUAGAUCUCCUGACUCGUUGCUAUUAUAUGACUUUCGCGCUAAGCAGCCUUGGCUUCAUCUUGGCGCUUCUUGGCAUCGUCACUUACGCAUGGUUUGGGCUGCAGCGCGUUGUUGGGAUAUUCACAAUGUCUUGUCUAGGUUUUAGUCUAGCGGCAUGUGUGUUGGCGGUUGUGUACUGA